AUGUCCGCAAAGUUUCAAGCUUUCGGUUCAGUGAGUGAGGGGCAUGAAGUUAGAUUUGGCAGUUCUGGCAGAAAUACUACAACGUGUGAUUACCGCGUACUGGUAAAAGUACCUUUACGAGCGAGACAAUCUGGUAACAGAGAUGGGGGCAUGAAUUUUACUGUGAUGGAAUGGAAUGACCAAUUGGGGUUCGGCCUCAAUCUUGCCAAUUUUGAGCAUUUGAUUUGUGUGUUUGAGGUCCGGUUUGCUGAUGCCAUGGAUUCCCGCGCUUUACAGUUGGUCUGA